ACACAUAGGUAUAUUAAAAGCAAAUCAACACACAUUUGACCAAGUUUAACUUAAAUUGUGACAGUGAUAAAAACUAGUUUUGAAAAGUAUAUGUACAUAGUGAAGACGGUAUUUAUAUACAGUCAUCGUAAUUUAUGGCGAAUACUUAAACCAGAAACUGCUCAAUUUUGAAAUGUAUAUGACACAGAACAAGAACAGAACAUAUGGCUUCCGGCUCCAAACGUUUUCGAGCUUUUGAUGACCGAUUUUCGUCCGUUCCGGAAGUGGCACAAGCCAUUAGAGAAGCAGGUUUGGGAAAAUGCGGACUCAUAUUUGGUAUUGAUUACACUAUGAGUAAUAAGGUUCAAGGCGAGAAAACAUUUGGAGGAAAAAGUCUGCACGCUGUUGAAGACGGCCUGAAAAACCCUUAUCAGGAGGUGAUUGAGGUAUUGGGACAGACACUGGAAUGUUUUGAUGAUGACAACAUAAUUCCGGCGUAUGGUUUUGGUGACUUUGAAACUAGAGACAAAUCCAUUUUUCCAUUGAAAAAGGGAGAUUGCAUUGGAUUUCGGGAAGUUUUAGAUGCAUAUAACAGAAUUACACCUGCGAUUAAACUUCAUCGACCGACGAACUUUGCCCCACUCAUAUAUAAAGCUAUUGAAAUCGUUCAACAAAGGAAUAAG